AUGGCUCCCAGCUACGAGAUGGCCGCCUCCAUCCUGCUCUGCGCCGAGGACAGCAGCAGCAUCUUCGGCUUCGGCGACGAGCAGGAGGCGGCAGCGGGAGCGAGGGCGAGCCCGUCGCCGUACUGCGGUGGCGAGCUGGCCGUGGAGUUCCCGCUGCCGUCCGAGGAGUGCGUGGCCCGCUGGGUGGCGACGGAGGCGGAGCACAUGCCCAGGGAGGACUACGCGGAGAGGCUCCGCGCCGGGGGCGUGGAUCUCCGCGUGCGGGUGGACGCCGUCGACUGGAUAUGGAAGGUGCGCUCUCUUUCCUUAAUCGACGCGACCUGUCUCGUUCACACGUACUACGGCUUCGGCUCUAUCACAGCCUGCUUGGCCCUCAACUACAUGGACCGCUUCCUCUCGCUCUACCAGAUACCGGAGGGCAAGGCUUGGAUGACGCAGCUGCUAUCGGUGGCGUGCCUGUCUCUUGCUGCCAAGAUGGACGAAACUUCCGUGCCUCAGUCCAUCGACCUGCAGGUGGCCGGGGACGCGCGGUACGUGUUCGAGGCGAAGACGAUCCAGAGGAUGGAGCUGCUGGUCCUGAGCACGCUCAAAUGGCGGAUGCAGGCCGUCACCCCCUUCUCCUACCUCGACUACUUCCUCCACCAGCUGUGCGGCGGCAAUGCGCCGUCGAGGCAGGCCGUCCGGGACGCCACGGAGCUCAUCCUCUGCAUAUCCAGAGGGACGAGCUGCCUGGAGUUCCGGCCCUCGGAGAUCGCCGCGACGGUGGCCGCCGCCGUGGCCGGGGAAGAACACGCCGCCCAUAAGGCGGCUUGCUGCACCCACGUAGAUAAGGAGCGGGUGCUGAGUUGCCAUGAAGCGAUGAUCCAGGCCACCGGCGCCACCGUGCCACCACCUAAAACUGCAGGCCUGCGCAGUGCCUACUCCCCCGCCAUGUCUGCUCCCCGGAGCCCGACCGGGGUGCUGGACCUGGACGCCGGCUACCUCAGCUGCACAAGCGAUGGCGCCAGCACGACGACGAUCACCAUGGCAUCGUCGCCGCCGCCCGCGAGCUCUGGAUUCGACAGCUCCCCGGUCAGCAGAAAGAGGAGGAAGAUCAGCAGAUGA